UCAACAUGACUUCCAUGCAGAGCCCGUCACAACUUUUACCACUUGAAUUGGUGGAUAAAUGUAUUGGAUCAAGAAUUCACAUCAUAAUGAAAAAUGACAAAGAAAUUGUUGGAACGUUAUUAGGUUUUGAUGACUUUGUCAAUAUGGUGAUAGAAGAUGUCACAGAAUUUGAAAAUACGCCAGAUGGAAGGCGAGUAACCAAACUAGAUCAAAUUUUAUUGAAUGGAAAUAAUAUCACAAUGCUGGUGCCUGGGGGCGAAGGACCAGAGCAGUAGUAUCCACCUCUACACAACCAUGGAUUUUGCGCAAUAACAAAUGUAUCUUCUCUGAAUGAAGAUUCCUUCUAAUGGGACUGGUCUUGCGGUUGCGUGUAGUAUCGAUGUCGACCACUACUCCACAAGACAACUGUAGAGUUAUUCCAUAGGCUUUGGAGUCACAGAUCUGUUCAUUUUGGAAUACGCAUGAGACAUAAAUUGGAUGUCGGGAUGCAAUUCUUAUAUACAAGUUUCUGAUGUUCAGAUGUUUAGCAGGACUCAUCAAGCAAACUGAUCUGGGUUGGACUUUUAAAGGGGACCUGAGAAGGUAAAUGUUCUGGGGCGGUCAAAAUGUGAAAAGUAGGCUAAAACACUGGUUGUGCUAAAUAUCAAGUGGCGAACAUGGUCUACUGUGAGUUGCAUUUAAAGCCUUUGGUGUAAUUUUGGAUCGUGGUCGAGUGUGGACGGAUUUCAUAAAGAGGAUAGCGCGAUGACCUUCAAAAAAGUUACAAGAUGAUUCCGUUUGUUUUGGAUUUUUUUUCGGUCUGCAUUCAGACUGUGUCCUUUGGUUACAUUUGGUGAACUUAAAAUCAUUGCAUUUUAAAUGUGCUCUCCAUGUACUUUACAUUUACUUCAUUGUUCAUUUUGUAAAAAUUAUUAUUGUCACAAAAAUCCACUAAAAUUGUACAA